UUAAGUCCGAUGUAAUUAAACCGAUUACGUCCAUGGCGGAAAUACCCGACGAGAGUUCGCUUCAUAUCCGCUCACAUUCCGCACAAAAUGUCGAAGCGACCAAUAAGGAUAGCAAUAAGGAAGUUGCCGACAAAUCUUAUAGCGAAAGCGCUACGGAGGAAUAUAACGUAGAAUGUUAUACGACAGCUACUGAGUGCUCGACACCACUUCCUAUCUCCAGAAGCGAGUCUUUCGUGACGUCGCCGGAAUGUGAAGAUCUUUUUACUACGGCGCCUGUGGUGACGCCCUCGUGUUCUAGUUCCACUUGGAUCACUGGAACGCCUAAACUAACAACUACAACCGCACCUCAUUACUCUGGUACGAGCAAUGAGACUCAAACAAUGAAACCUACUGAAGUAAUGUCAAAUAUUUCCUCCUCCAUUAGCGGCACACAACCAACAACACGUAUCAAAACGAUGGACAAAAUUACUGACGAAAGAUCAGGCAAAAUUGCGAAAGAAGUGACGGAGACGACCGUCUUACGUGUAUCGCAUAACGUUCGAUUAGACGUCGCCUCUUACAAAGUCACGUCAAAUACGGUACUAGAUCAUCGACAACACAUUGAUGGAAAGGUUAUUCAAGAUAUAGAAAGUGUGAUACCAGCGGAAUCACAUGAAAAAACGGAUGGUGUUCAUCAGGAUUCUGAUGUCUCUUUGUUCAAAGAGUCUGAAAAAUGUGUUGCGAAGUGUCCGAAGAAUGUUCAAUCGGAUCAAAAUGUUACAACAAAAUUCACAAAUAAGGUUAACGAGAGCUCGCGUUCUAAUUUAAAAGAAUACGAGGAUAUUUCGUUGUUUUCGCAAGAGUUAUCGCGACAUCACGAAGACAGCGGAAUUGACAUGUCGCCGAUAAAGAAGGACGACAAUUUGGAAGACGACGAGUUCCUCGAGAAAGCGAGGAAGAGCGGCGAAUGGCUGAAGCUGAAAAUACUCGAGUUGCAACCAGAACUAACGAAACUCGGCGCUUCUGUAAAAGAAGCUACGGAAUUCUCGAACGCUCACGAGCAAGUGUUACUUCGGUUACAGAACAAGCAGAACCCGGUGGAAGAAUUACUGCGGCAAGCUGAUCAUCUGAUUGCGACCCAGCAAACCAAAGCGGAAGUGUACGCGGCAAUGGCGGAAUCGUUGGGCCAAGCGUGGCGCGAUGUGAAUCAACUUUUGGAACGUCGCAAGGAAAUACUCGAUCAAAACGUGUUGUUUCAACGUCGUGCGGCAGAAUGCAGAGAAAAUAUGGAUGCGUUAGAGAUGGCGUGUAACGACACGUUGCUGCCGAUCGAGAUCGAAGCGGUGAGAAAUUUUCUAUCAAAGAUCCAGGAUCUUCGCAAGGACAUGCUGGAAGCGCUGAUGGGCGCGCUGCGGGAAGGCAAGACACUGCUGGAUCGACUGAAGGAAUUGGCGAACGAAGGCACCAUAGACUCGAGACCGGAUAGAGUCAAGGACGAUGCUAAUCACGCUAUGCUGCUCGUUGAAAGAUGGCUGGAAGAACUUCACGACAGAAGGCGGCUGAUCGAGACGUCUUUUCGCAGCAGGAAGACACAGUUGGAGCAAUGUCUCGCUCUCGCGCUGCUCGCAACCGAUCUUCGUGAUCUUGAAGAACUUCUUAACGACAGAAUAGCCGCGUUAGCAGGUACUUGCGAUCAGUUAGGGGAUUCUGCAUCUAAUGCGGAGAUGCUUCUCUUUGAAUUAAAGAAGUUGCAAGCUGAAGCAAAGGACUUCCAAGACAGAGCAAUUAAAAUAACCAAAUCGACCGAACGAUUAGUGUCAUCAGGACACUUCGCUGGCGAACAAGCGACCGAACAGGCAUACGCGAUUCUUAGCGUUGCCGCCGAUUACGUCAACGACUUAGAUCAGUAUAGCACGCUGUUAAACAAAGCAAUGGCUUUCUUCGAAUCUGCACGAUCCGCUCUCACGAAAUUGGAUCAACUGGAGAUUCAAUUGAUGACAACGGAGCAUCCUCCUUAUUCCGCGCGUCUCGCGCGCUUCCACGCGCAAACUGUUGCCACGAUAGAAGAUGUGACUGCUAAGCCCCUGGCAGAAGGAUAUGCGCUGCUGGAUGUCACGGGAAGAGGAGCGCCCGGCGCCGAGGGUGUAAGGAACACCAUUAAAGAACUUGAGAAUCGCAAGACUAGUUUGAUAGAACGGUGCACGGCUCAUAAAGAAGAAAAUCUGGAGAUUUCGAGAAUGCUUGCUACAUUUUUGGACAAGCACGAAGCGUUGCGAGCUUGGCUGACUAGCGUCGUCGAGGCGUUUCUUCAAGGGCAUCAAGACAUGGGCAGCGAUCUUGCGAUGGCACGCGACUUCCGUCGAGUUCAUUGCCAACUGUUGAUCGAUCUAGAGAAUAAGAGCGAGGAAGUGGAUCACCUGGAACUGGAGAUCUUGCCAGUCGUAGAACGCCUGGAGGAGACGCAAAAAUACGAACUGCGAUCGAAAAUAAAAAAUCUUAAAGAUGAAUGGACAAAAAUUAAGAUCGCACUUGUUAAAAGGAUCGAACUGGGCACGACUUACAUACAGUUUCACGAAAUUGUCGAAGAAUUGACCAACGAAAUGGAUUUUAUCACCGAUGAACUAAAGAAGUGUGAGGGCGUGUUAAAUGAAGCUAAGAUUAAUGAGUUGGAAAAAAAAUGGACGUCUCUGGAACCACUCUACAAGAAACUUGACGAUCAUGCAAAAGCGUUCCUCGAUGAAACGGACAAUGUUGAUGACCCUUAUCUCGAUGUAUCUCGAGCUUGUCUGUGUGUUCAGACCCUUUUAGAAAAGUUCGCCAAUCGGCAAUUGGUCGUGACCGAGUCGUGGGAAAAAUGGCAGACCACCAUCGAAAUUACAAGACAGAGACGAAUCGAGUGCAAACGAAAAAUCGAGGAAAGCGCAAAGACAUUAGCGUGGAUUUCACAACUGGAAACAACGCUAUAUCCCGUGAUAACAACACCAUUCUCCAGAAUAAUCGAUAUCCUGGAGAAUUUGAAGGAUGUAAAGCAACGGAUCCUACCUGAACUAAACAAAGCUCUUCAAGAAUUGGACACUAGAAAGAAAAACAUUAAAGUAUUUGUCGAAAGAGAUAACGCUGAAGCAGCCGAGCAGGUAUCAAAUAAACUUGUGCAAACAUACGAGAAGACGUAUACUGUCACCAAAGAUUACGAGAUUCUAUUGGAGUCUUUAAUUUCUAUCUUCAAAAAUCUUGAAGAGGUCGAGAAUAAGAUUUGUCAAACAAAGCGAGAAAGUGAAUGCGUGUCGAAUUUCACAAGAUCGAUUGAUGUCGACGGUGCAUUGAGCGAACUCGAUAUAUUGAAAACAUUUAUCACGAAAUUCUUACAACAAAUACGUACAAAAUCUGAAGAUAUCAUCGACAGCAUUAGACGACAGGAGCCACCAGAAUCAGCGACACAAGAUAUCGAGAAAUUGAAACGCGCGAUACAUUCCGUGGUCGUCGAGUACGAGAGGUUUCAGACGGAAACAACGAGCUGUCUCGAGAAACACCGACGACUUUGCAUCUUCCGGGAGGAUCUUGAGAAAAUUAAUUCGGAUCUACGUGAGUUAAACGAUCAGUUGAAGAAUGUAGACGAAAAACUUGGAAACAAUUUGUCAGCAUCGAAAACUGCGUUGGCCAGUUUCGAACAGUUUGAGCAAACUUUAACGACUUUGGAAGAAAAAAUAGAGAUCUUCGUAAAAGAAGCUGAAGAGACGAUCGUUCCAUCACCGCCUCAAGUGACGGACGAGAUUUUGUCAUUGCGAAACAGAUUUGAUCAUCUGAGACAAUACGUUCGAGAUAUCAAGAAGCGAAUGAAUUUAAGUAUCGAAUACUUUGUGCUCUUGGAAGAAGCCAAACAAUGGUUUAGAGAAGGCAGCAAACUUCUGGUGAUUGUUGCGCGUAAAGCAACAAGUGUCAAAGUGCCUGAAGAAACCGUCGAUUUAUUGCGAGAGAUCGAAGCUUACUUGAAGCCAGGCGAAGAGCAACAAGAAAAAAGAAUUGAGAAGCUCAAGCAAUUGUCGACUAUAGUUUUCGGCACAGACAGACUCCCGCAGUUUCAGGAAGUAGUGGGAGAAAAUCGUCAGAUGCUGGAUUCGUUUGCAGUUAUUUCUUCCGAAUUGCGUACUCUUAGUCAAAAUUUACAAACCGCCGAGGAUCUUAAAGAGAAACUGCAAGCCGAGCAGCUGGAAGUUGAUCAAAAGUUACAGGCGGUCAAGAUAGAAAUGGCCGCGGCAGAAGCUGCCAGAAAGGAGGCGGAAAAUGCGAAAAAACUUGCGGAACAACUUGCGGCUGAGACGUUAGACAAGGCUGCGAUAGAAGCGAGAAGAUUAAAAGAAGAAGAGGCGCGAAAACUUGUCUCUCCCGUUUCGCAUUCUGUUUCUGCGCAAACCGAAACUAUAGUGGAAGAAACGGUUACUUCCGCCGUGACGACAAAAGAGAUUCAUAUUCUUCAAAAGACGGAAGUUGAAAAAAGUGUUCCAGUCGUUCAGAAGGAAGUUAGUCCCCCAAGAACACUAGUAUUCGAAGAAAUCCAAGAAAAAUCACGCACCGAAGAUUUAAAAGCGGACAAACUCGUUUCGUUGGCUCCGGAGUUUACAGUUCUCUUGAACGACGCAACAGUCGAGGAGGGCAAAGAAUUCAAUUUCGAAUGUCACUUGAUCGGCCAGCCGACGCCCGAAAUAGUUUGGUACAAAGACGGAAUAUCGAUUUUAAACAAUCCGGAUUAUCUGACGACUUAUCUGAACGGCGUUUGCGUCUUAAAAAUAGAAGAGACGUUCGCUGAAGAUUCCGCCAAGUACACUUGUCGAGCAUUCAACAUUCUUGGCUCUGCCGAAACUUCCGCCAUUCUGACUGUCAAAGAAACCGCUGCCGAAGAACAGCCAAGCGGUCCUGUCUUCGUAAAGGAACUGCAACCUUCGACCGUAAGGGAAGGAUCCGCGCAUACAUUGGAGUGCACCGUUGAAGGAAAUCCUCUUCCUACGGUGCAAUGGUAUAAGAACGACGUCAAUAUCGAUAAUUCGCCGGAUUACGUGAUUACUUUCAAUAACGGCGAAGCUAUUUUGAAGUUUGAUGAGGUCUUUCUCGAAGACAAAGGGUUGUACACCUGCAAAGCCACAAACCGAUGGGGACAAUCAUCUACUACUGCUUCUCUCGAUGUGGAACCCGCACAAAUUUCUAUGAAGAAACCAUAUUUCGUGGUGCCAUUGUCUAACGCUAUGGCCAGGGCGGGGCAAAGAGUGAAACUAGAGUGCGAAGCCGGCGGAGAUCCAAUUCCCGAAUUAAGCUGGAGUCACGACGGAAAACAACUCGAAGAAACCAGAUAUCAUAAAAUUCAAACGGAUGGCGCUCGAACGAGUUUGACUAUCACGGAGGCUUUUCCAAAGGAUGCCGGAUCCUACUCGGUAACUGCCAAAAAUGAGGUCGGCGAGGCCACUGCAUCCUGCACAGUUUCCGUUAAAGGACGUUUGGUUCACGAAACCAGUGAAUCCGACUUUGUUUGCAGCGACACGGAACCGAUAGUUCCAAAGUUUCAGGUGCCUCUACGCGAUCUCAAGAUCCAAGAAGGACGUUCGGCCAGACUGGACUGCGUGAUUGUUGGCCAACCAGAACCAGAAGUGAUCUGGUACCACGAUGAUCAACCUGUGAAAGAAUCGUCCGAUUUUCAACUACUCUUUCAAGGUGACAGAUGUUCGCUGGUUAUUCACGAAGCUUUCUUGGAUGACGCCGGCAUGUACAAAGUAGUCGCCAUUAAUUCUGGCGGCGAAGCUUCUAGUCAAUGUACAUUAACAGUUACACCGGCGUCUCACAUCUCGGAUGUACAAAAAGAAGAAGAAACUCUCGUCAGUGGUUCCCCGCCAAAGUUUGUUCGGCUUCCAACGGACUUGUUGGUGGCUGAGGGUGAAGAUGCGUUUUUCGAAUGUGCUGUAACUGGACAACCCAAACCUGAUCUGAGAUGGUACUCGGAUGAUUGUGAAGUUACACGUAAGGAGAGGAUUCUAAUUGAAGAAAAGGAAGAUGGAACAAGAAUAUUGAAAAUUUUGUCAACCACACCGGAAGAUAAGGGCAAUUAUGUGGCGAAAGCCAUAAAUGCGCAUGGCGAGGCGAAAGCUUUCGCCAGAUUGGUCGUGAGAUCCUUGGGUGAUUUUAAGAGAAACGAAGAGUUAGUUCAAAUGGAAGAAAAAUUGAUUCAGCCAACGUUCAAAGAAGUAUUUAAAGACAGAACGGUUCCUGAAGGAGCUUCAACAAAAUUCGAAUGCAUUGUCACUGGAAAACCUUCUCCCAAGAUUCAGUGGUUGUUUAAUGAUCAGCCGGUUCAUGGAAAAGAUUUUCUAGUUUCUGUUAGUGGAGAUCGACAGGUUCUGGCAAUUCCUGAAGUCGGGAAUGCGCAUAUCGGUACAAUUUCUUGUGUAGCGGAAAACGCGGCUGGUCGAGCAAUUUGCAGUGCUAAAGUGGAAAUCAGUAGUGGAUUCGAGCAGCAAACUAUAGACGAAAUUGAAAGAGUUCUUGAGAUAGUUCCGCAAUCACCUGCAGAGAUCAUGCAUCCUGCAAGCAGCAGCGAGAAACACUUCUCAAGCGAGAAGACGUAUCACGAAGGCGGUAGCGAAAGUCAAGUGCUGACUAAGAUGUCGUCGUCCGUUACACAUUCUUCGACAACGUCUAUGAAGAAAGAAUUCAUAUCAUCCACUAUGACAUCAUCGCAAUCCGGACAAGAACCCAGCAGCGUUUGCACAAAAACAACUGUGCAAAGUUCGGAGCAAUCUACUUCGGAAAACGGAGCACCACCUGUCGUACAAUCUCACAAGAUCCAGGAGUUCGAGAAGAUCAUACAGGAACAACCAAAAGAGAUGCGGCAAGAAAAAACUGUCAUCGUGUCUGAAGAGACGGACAGCGCGAAGCGAGAUGUUAAGACAAGUCAAGUUCAAAAACCGUCCAGAAAAUCGACAGCACCUAGAUUCGUCUCACCAAUUACAGGGAUGAUCGUCGAUCAAGGAUCAGAUGUAGUUCUCGAGGGUAUCAUCGAUGGUUUUCCGCAGCCGACCGUCACAUGGUCGAAGAACGGUCAAGAGUUGACGUCCAAAGAUAAUAUAAAAAUUAGUUAUGCUCACAAUCACGUGAAAUUGGAGCUGAAGAAUGCCAGUGUAAAGGAUGCUGGACGUUAUACUUGCAUGGUAAACAAUGAUGUUGGAAGUGCCAGUAGUACUGCUGAUCUUGUUGUUAAAAAGACAAUAUUUCCUCCCGUUUUUGGCAAACGUCUCAAAGCUCAAGUGGUUAAAAAAGGAGAUCGUGUUAUUAUGGAAGUGGAAAUUACCGGUAUCCCGGAUCCGACCGUUAGUUGGUACAAAAACGACGUGCCGAUCAGUGAACGACCACCAGAAUUGAGGAUUAUUCAUCAAGGAAAUUGUUACACACUGAUCAUAGAUAAAGCCAAGGAAGAAGAUGCUGGAAAAUACAUGGUGCGAGCGACAAAUGCUGGUGGAGAGGCGCAAAGUAUAGCUGACGUUGCGGUUUUCGAUCCAAAGCCCGAAACAAUGAUCGAGGAACACAGGACUGUCAUCUACGAUGAUGUCCAAGGCAAAAGUGUCGUCCAGUCCGAGGGAAAAAAAGAAGAGAUAUCUACAUCAGGCAUUUUGAUGAGCGAAACACCAAUCGCAACGUUUCUGCCGAGCGCAUUUAAGCCAGUAACGACACUGAUGUCGACCACGUUUGACACAGUGAAAAAAAUCGAGCAACCGGAGAUUACGGCUACUAAGUCGGAAAAGAUUUCGUCGAUAAUCGAAUCCCACGAAAGCGAGACGAAGUCAGAACAGAAGUUUCAUAUGAAAUUGGAACACAAAACUCCGUCCAUCGUGGAAAUGAAAUCUCCGAUCGAACAAACAAUCGCGGUAAAGGAACUCGACCGUGACAAGAAAGACAUCAUGGAGUCGUUUACGAAGAUAAAAGAAGAAACGAUCGAGAACGAAAAUAUAGAGACUUCGAGAAUUGCCAAAAAAGACGCGCUGAGCUUCUUUGAGUCUAUGACAAAGGAGACCGAGAUAAUACCGAAGAAACCAAAAGAAAUGAUUAAGUUGACAGAGGACGGACAAGCUCAAGAAGCUAAAGUGGGCAAACUGGCGCAAAGUUAUGAGCGAGUGUCGACUCAAGAAGUGAAGAAACCAGAAUCGAGACCGCUGGAGUUUCAAACAACAAAAAAAACUAUGCAAGAUAUCUUUACUAAGUUCGAGCAAGGAUCGUCGCCUCGCGGAGUGGAGAAUAAACUGUUCGAGUUUCCGUAUGAAAGUCCUAAAGUGGAAACAAAAAAAACUAUUGUGGAGGAGAUGAUAACUUCCGGUUCGUCCAUUUCGGAACUGCAAAUUCAGACAGAGAGUUCUGAAACGUUAAUGAAAAGUUUCAAUCUGGUGCCGGAACCACCUCCCGAAAUAUGUUACAUGCCGAAACCGGAAGAGUUGAGAAAAAAGCGACCCGACAUAUCUGUUAAGGCAAAGCAGCUUCAAGAAUCUUUUGAAAAAACAAUAUCACCCAUCGACGCCCCGAUCGGCGGUGUAAAGAUCUUUCCCACGUCUCUCUCGAAGACGCCGGAGUCUGCUCCCGUGCGUCCUGUCAAAAUCACGGAACCGACUCUUGUGUGUACAAUACCACCGCCGUUCGAACUCGAAAAGAAAGAAAUGUUAGAAGAGAUAUGUGUGAAAAAAGAUGCGCACGAAAAAAAGGAAAGUAAAUAUUUUAAAGAAGAAAAAACGGAGCCAUUUCGAUAUACGUCGAUGUCAACGUCUAUCGUAAGAAGUGCUUCUCCCACCAGACCGUGGUCGUCGUCAUCGGACGUAGAAACCAAAUCACAUGUGUCCACGGAUCUGUCAGAAUAUAGAUGUCAUUCGGCCGCUUCUAGUCACCAGGAGAUUCUGCGAUCGUCGUCACCUAGACCGUCUGCCGAUGGGCUGGCAAUGGAAAAAUCCUGGGCAAAAAAGUGCGCGGACUCGAACAGAAAAUCGUGGCCGCCUCCAAGCGAUUCCGCCCAGAAAUGGAAUGUUCCCGUCGACGAGUACAAGAGCUCCACGAAAGAGUUCAAGCAGAAGGUCGAAGAAACGCCGCAAGGUGUAAAAAAGAUCAGCACGGAGUCGUCCGCCAGUGUGGAAAAACGUUCGUGGUCCAGCAAAGAAGAGUUCACGGAGAAGAUAGUGGAAAAGACACCGCCGGCGAGACUCGGUCCGAUAAUCUACAACGCCGAAACGAUCAAAGUCGAUCACACCGUGAACACGAUGCAGGAAAAGUCACUUUACGAGAAGUACAUGAGCGAGUGCAACGUAGAGAAAGCAGAGACAAUGCAGAAGUUUGAAGAAUUUGGUUCAAAACAAUGGACGGAUGGGAAAGAGCUGAAAGCACCUAGUUUGGUGAAGAAAGUCGAACCACUCGCGAAACCACUUGUGACGCCUUCUCUUGUACAGACCGAAAUAGACUCGAUCAUCCUCAAGCCAGGAUCGCCUCCAGAAAUUGGAUACGUUCCACCACCCAUAAAGGAGACAACUAUGAUCGAACAAAAAGAAAUAGACUCGAUCGUUCUCAAGCCAGGAUCGCCUCCAGAAAUUGGAUACGUUCCGCCACCCAUAAAAGAGAAAACUGUGAUUGAACGCACGGAAAUGGAUUCGAUCGUUAUCAAGCCGGAAUCAUCUCCGAAAAUUGCAUAUAUUCCACCUCCUAUAAAAGAGAAAACUGUGAUCGAACAUGUUGCAAAAGUAGAAAAGAAGAUAGAAUCACCCGUGCGUAUUACACCACCACCUGUACUUCCGCCAAAAGACAUGCGCAUCACACCUCCGCCUGUCCCAGCCAAGAAACCCGCGAAAGUCUCGACGCCAAUGCCAUCGAAGUUCGUCAAAAGUUCAUUCGGUCAUGAGAGUGACUACGAAUCCGAUUUUGAGGGUCGUCUAAAAGCGAAGUGGAGACCCUAUGAAAGCGACAAUGAAGAGCCGCACUAUCGGAGAGUCAAGGCACCUGUUCUGAAACAACCAACGAGACCGAGAUCCACCGAGCCCGAGCCACUGCCGCCGUCCCAAUUCGAGACUCCUACGCCAUUCACAGGACUGUCCAAAUCUUUAGUUACCACGGAAUCUACCGAAAAGAUAAUAAAAAAGACGGCAGUCAAACGACACGAGAAAGAAUUUAAACAACAGCAGCAACAAGAGCAAACUUCAAUUCCUCUGAAACCAGGUUCACCGCCGAUUUAUGUGCAGCCGGCCACGAAGAGUUCCGCGCCAAGAUCUCCUUCCGCCAAGAAACCGGAAUCUCCGAAGUUUAAAACAAAAGUUUUCCAACAGGAAAGUGGUUACAUGGCAGAUACCGAUGAGCCCUUUCAGCAGAAAAUUUCAUCCACAACGAUGCAAAAAUCUUAUGGAAAACGCGACGGUUCUUCGACAUUUCACACGGAGAGCCGUACCACGUGCACUGAAAGCAAGACAAAAAUCUUCGAAACUCGCAGUUACGAAAGCGAUCAGUUUCGUAAAGAAGAAUCUUUCGUCUCGCCAUCUAUUUCUAGCGUGCAAACCAGUCCCAAAGUCGCUCAACAGCAACGCAGCUCGUUCGAGAAAAGUUACGCCUCGUCAACUAGCAGCGGUCUGCACAAAUUCGAUUCCGUGAAGGAAACGGAAAAGAUUCUGCCAACCUCUCCGAGUCCUUCGAGAUUUGUGAAGGGCGACUUCCGCGAGAGUGACUACGAAAGCGACUACGACGGCAAAACAUCGUCAUGUCGCACAGUUAGCUCCUCAAAACUUACUAGUAUUACUGAUUCAGGAAAGCAAACGGAGUCGACUUUGCAUCGCAAGCAAUUUACGCCGACAAAGCCGAAAACAGUUCUUUUACCCGGUUCUCCGCCGGAGCUCGCGUACGCGCCGCCUCAACCGCAGCAACAACAGCAGCAGCAGCAGCAGCAAUUUUACGAGGCACGCACGAGUAUGCCGUUCACGAACGCGGUGGGUACCGAGACCAAGAAGACCGUAAGGAUGGACGAAUCGACGAAAAACGCCAGAAGAAUUGUUACUGUCGAGCAAACGAGUCGAGUUAUCAAGUUUGGCGACACAAAUGCCACGUCUCAAAAACAACACUAUCGCGUGCCAGUCCCGAAGAAAUUUGUGCAGGGACAGUUUCGGGAAUCUGAUUACGAAAGCGACGUGGACUCGAAAAUCCGACCGAAAUGGGCACCGCCUGAUAGCGACACAGAGGAACCUCAUUAUCGAAGAGUCCAACCGCCCGCGGCAAAAAGUCUGAGAUCGUCGAGUGCACCGGUUAGGCAGACGCACGUUGCAUCGCCGAUGGAGUUCGACACCGGUCCUUCGGUGACGCAGGUUCGCCAAGAAGAUACAGACAAAAAGAUUGAUCAAAGAUAUCAGCAACAAACUACUUCCGAAAAGAUUGAUUUGCAGCCUGGUUCGCCGCCCGAAUAUGGGUUCGUUUCCAGAAGCGACGUGAAAAAAGCAGCAGACCACAUCGCGACACGUCAUAUGAGCGACAUGACGAGCAGCUUCAAGUCGAAAACCGAAAAAUUCGUGACCGAUAUCCAGUCGGAUUUGAGACAGAGCAAACCGAUUCUGAAGCAUCCCGUCGAAUCGAGGACAACCGAUACCGACGAGCCGAGAACGUAUAGAGAGGAAUCGCGGGUCUCCGAACAUGGAACGAAACAAAUCGAUCCGGACACAGGACUCAUAUAUUUCAAGUACGACUUUGGCUACGAAUUCGGUAUCGUUUUGCCGGGCGAGGGGAAGAAAACAGUGGAGAGCAGCAAGAAGACCAUCCAGGGACAGAGACGCGCAAGUGAUGUCGAAGUGCCGAUAGUCCACGAGUUUACUGAGAAGAAGACGAACGGUUUUGCGAAAAGAAACACGUUUCCGAGCCGCCAGAGCAAACCGGGAAGUAAAUUCGGAUGCUCGAAAACCGUCAAGUGGGAGCCGACGUCCGAGAGCGAAUUUUCUGAGGCCGAAGACACGAGAAGUCUCAGUAAAAAACCAUCGAGCCUCGAUAACUCGAUGGCGCCACCGAGUCUCAUCAUACCUAGCUCUGUAUCGCCGUCUCGAUGGGAUCGCGUAACACUCAGCCCGCUUUCUCUCAGUCCAAGUCUGCCCAGUCUCUCUCCCAGACAUAGUAGCGCCACUGGACCACCUAGCAAUGUGGAUUCCGCAGGUUCACCUUGGCCAACUAGCAACGGCGUGUCAUCGGGCAAAGAAGUGAUUCAGCCUUAUCUGGACAUAUUACCAAAAAAAGCUCCUACGUUUAUCACGCCAUUGAAAGAUAUCGCGGUAGUAAGUGGACAACCGGCUAGAUUUGAAUGCAUCGUUCAAGCUGAACCGCAGCCUAAUAUUCUUUGGUCGAAAGAUCGCAGAAUCGUUGAAAAUUCUACAAAUCACGAUGUCCAAUACAGAAACGGCGUUUGUCGUCUUACUAUAAUGAGAGCUUCUCCCGAGGAUGCUGGGACUUAUGCAUGUACGGCAACGAACAGCCUAGGUUCCACUGUGACUUCUGCCAACUUGGAGGUUCCAGGCGCAUCGUCGAUAUCCGACACUUACCGCGAUCAUAAGAAAUGCACCGUUGAGCAGUUUCCGCAGGAUUCGCAGAGAUACGUAGCUUUAAGAGAUCUAUUCUUUUCACAAGACAAACCACGCAUUCUAACAAAUCACGAACGACUGUACAAGUCCCUUUAUGAUUUCGGAUUGUCAGACAGUUUCGUAGAUGCAAACAAUCACGAAAAUGAAGGAAAUAGAUUUGAUAAUUACAUUAAACGUGAAUGGAGUGCUAUUUACGCAAGAAAUGGAAUCGGUGAUUCACGUUUGAAUGUCAAACGUUCAUUGCACAAUCUCACUGGAACGUGUAACAUAGAACAUGUUCAAGGAGAGAUCGUAAUGCAAUCGACGCCUACAGUACCAACAUUUACCGGUAGACCCGGCGAUCCUUCACCGCCAAUUUUCGAGCGAAUCUUCAAGAACGCGAGAUUCGCGCAGGGCGGCAAUGCGAUUUUUGAAGGCUGCGUACGAGGUAAUCCAAAACCUACAGUUUCUUGGACACACAAAGGGACGCCGUUGCUGGAAUCACGAAAGAUUCGAAUGUCCUACGACGAGAAUACUGGAAUUGUCACACUUCAAAUUAAUCAAAUUGGUCCGGGAGACGAGGGCGAAUACACGUGCAGCGCGAAGAAUCAAUAUGGCGAAGCGAUUUGCUCGGUUUACAUACAGCCGGAGGGAUUCGGUCCGCCAGCGCAACAGCCCACGGAUAGCUACAGAAAGGAAUUCACGCAGAGCUACCAGACAAGCGAACAAAAAAUGCAAACCGGUAGCCAAAUGUUCCAACAACGCAGUUAUCAGCAAUCGAUAGAUAAACGAAGUUAUGUCAACGGCACUACUACAAGCAUCGAGGAUUUCAAGGUCGACACCUUCGAAUACAGAUUGUUGCGCGAAACGGAAUACCGGGAAUCGAUUACUCGUCGCUUCGCCGGCGAAUCUGACUCGCAGAUCUCCACUAUGAUCGAUCGUACUCUGGGACCAGUUGCACCCCCGCAAAUCACUCAGAAGCCCAGAAAUUCGAAACUUGUUGAAGGAUCGGACGCUGUCUUCACCGCAAAAAUAACAGGCAAUCCGAAACCAAGAUUAACAUGGUUCAAAAAUGGUCAGAGGAUCCGAGACUCCCAACGCGUAGAGACAAGCUAUUCGAAUCAACAGGCUACUCUACGAAUCCGAGUCGCUUUGCCGGAAGAUAGCGGUCAUUACACAUUGUUGUCCGAGAAUCCCCAAGGUUGCACUGUUAGCUCCGCUUAUUUAGCAAUUGAAUCUAGCGAUCAAGUAGAUCAAGUUCCGUAUCAAGCUCAAAGAGAAUUUAUUAAGACACAACAGGUAGAAUCGACCAGCGAGUCCGCUGACUCUGGCAAAGUUCUACCGCCGAAUUUUGUUCGCACUAUCACAGAUAGAGAAGCUACCGAAGGCAAAAUGACGCGAUUCGAUUGUCGUGUAACCGGUCGUCCGUAUCCCGAAGUCACUUGGUAUAUUAAUGGCCAGCAAGUCGCCAAUGACCUGACUCACAAAAUACUCGUGAAUGAAUCCGGCAACAAUUCAUUGAUGAUCACAAAUGUGAGUCGCUUCGACGCCGGCGUUGUAACUUGCAUCGCCCGAAACAAAGCUGGCGAAACUUCCUGUCAGUGCAACUUAAACGUCAUCGAGAAGGAACAAGUGAUCGCGCCGAAAUUCGUGGAACGUUUUGUCACGACGAGCGUAAAGGAAGGAGAACCCGUGACUUUUAUGGCCCGCGCAGUCGGCACGCCAAUCCCGCGUAUCACUUGGCAAAAGGACGGUGUACCGAUAACGCCCGGGUCCGAAAUACGUAUAUCGAGUGACGGUAGCGGAGCCUCGAGCUUGGAUAUCUCGUGCGCCAAAUUUUCAGACGCAGCCUGGUAUCAAUGCACCGCUCAAAACGUAGCUGGCUCUACCGCGACCCGAGCACGGCUCUUUGUUGAGACGCCAAAAGGAACGGCCCCGGAACCAAGACGCCUGAAUUUACCCCGACCGACGAAAAUCAUCGAACCAGAACCAGCGCCUGGCCCCGAAGUGAUUUAUUUGAGACAUGUGGAACGAGCCAAACCUUACUUGCCGCCUCCAGAAGAAGACACGAUUUAUCCACCGCCACGUUUCAUUAUACCAUUGAAGGAUCUUUAUCAGAUCGAAGGUGGACGAAUUCACUUCGAGGCCAGAAUCGAACCGGUGGGCGACCCCACUAUGAGGGUGGAGUGGUACGUCAACGGCAGAGCACUCGACGCAAGUUCCCGAGCGACUUCUAUCUUCCGCUUCGGGUUUAUUUCUCUCGAUCUCAUUAGUAUUGUUCUUCAAGAUAGCGGCGAGUAUUUUUGCCGCGUCGUGAGCUCGACCGGAGUUGCUGAAUCUCGCGCCACCCUCAGCGUGACACCACGCGCUACGAUUGAACAGACAAGCCAACAUCCCGACAGUCUCCAGUAUAUUCAACAGCUUGAGGAUUACAGCAAAUACCAAAGGCAGGAGAGCGUGGAGGAGACCUCUUCACAGCGGCCGGUUUUCAUCCGCCCGCUCCAGGAUCUUGGUGAGCUACAGGAAGGUCGAAACGCCCAUUUUGAGGCGCAGUUGACGCCUGUUAGCGACCCCACCAUGAAAGUGGAGUGGUACAAGGAUGGAAAACCGAUCACAGCCAGCUCAAGAAUCACUAACAUCUUCAACUUCGGAUACGUCUCGCUUAAUAUAAUGCACCUACGAGCUGAAGAUGCAGGUUCUUAUACAGUUAGAGCUGUGAACCGCUUGGGAGAGGCCAUCAGCUCCGCGACUCUUCGUGUCUUUGCGCGAACAAGCGUAACGACGGAUUUGGGUAUCCCCGAGCAAAUGAGAUACAUCGAGGCUGCCGAGGAGUUGGAAGCAUAUCAGCAGGCAAUGCACCAAAAAUACGUUCAGGAGCAGCCUGAACCGAGCAGCCCACCGGAAUUUAAAUCGCCUAUCAAGGAUCAAAGCAGCAUACGAGAAGGCGGAUUCGCUCAUUUUGAGGCGCGUCUUGAGCCAGUUGGCGAUUCUAAUCUUCGUGUUGAAUGGCUCAAAGAUGGACGACCUGUAGAAGCUAGUUCACGGAUUACAACAUUUUUCAACUUCGGUUACGUGGCACUGACUAUCAAAUACGUAACGAUACACGAUGUCGGUGUAUAUACUUGUCGAGCGUAUAACAGAGUUGGUGAAGCUCACACCAAUGCUCAAUUAAGCGUAAUCAGCAAAGACGAUGUUAUUUAUGACAGCCAGCAUCCCACUGGUCUUCAAAAAAUUCAAACUCUUGAAGAUUCGAGCAGAUAUUCGCGACAGGUUCAGGAAGAGACGCAGGUCACACAAGCACCGCGAUUUCUCGGUAAUCUGAAGGGCACUAACAAGAUCGUGGAAGGUCAGCGAGCGCACUUUGAAGCACGUGUGGAACCUCAGAGCGAUCUAAGCAUGACGAUAGAGUGGUACCACAAUGGCAAGCCGAUUACCGCUGCCAACAGAAUCCAAACGUAUCAUGAUUUUGGAUAUGUUGCAAUUGAUAUACUCCAGGUCCGUUCGGAAGAUGCUGGCACAUACACCGUUGUAGCUCGAAAUUCUCGCGGAGAGGCUCGUCUAUCCGCCACUAUGAUUGUUGAAACACGUUCCAGUAUAGAUACGAGCAGUAUGCAUCGUGGCACUUACGAGAAGACUCAACGUUUAGAGGAAUCCAAGUUUGUCGAGCCGCAAUACCACAUCGAAGAGAUUUCCAAGUCAAAACCGAUCUUUAUUCAACCACUGAGCGACCCCAAACCAGUCAGCGAGGGUAAAAAUAUUCACUUGGAGUGUCGUCUGGAACCCAUGGGUGAUCCUACUAUGCGAGUGGAAUGGUUCCAAAACGGACGUCCGGUCACAGUUGGUUCCAGAUUCAGAACUUAUUACGAUUUUGGAUUCGUUGCGCUUGACAUCGUACACGCAACUGCCUACGAUUCUGGCGAAUACACGGUCAGAGCUACUAAUCAUUUGGGUACCGCGCAUACUUCUGCCUGCGUUAGAGUCAUCGGCAGAUCUGACAUUGUCACUGACACGCAGAAUGAGCAAUCACUCGAGCAAAUACAGAUGCUAGAGGACUCAUCGAGAUAUCGUAGAACUCAACAAGAGGAAGUUACUGUGAUGCAAGCACCUCAGUUCACUCGACCUUUACACAACAUCGAGACAGUGGAACUGACCAAUGUUCACUUGGAAUGUCGUCUUCAGCCAGUCGGUGACGCGACCAUGAAAGUUGACUGGUUUGUCAACGGCCGACCGGUCAAAACUGGUCAUCGAUUCAGACCGUCUUACGAAUUUGAUUACGUGGCUCUGGACAUUCUCGGUGUCUAUCCUGAAGACUCCGGCGUGUACACCUGUCAAGCCAGAAAUCAGCUCGGAGAAGCAGUUACUUCGUGCUCUGUUAGAGUACACGCGAAGAAAGAUCUACUUCUAGAAUCCCAACAUCCUGAGGGUCUAGAAAGGAUACAAUAUUUAGAAGAUGCCUCGCGAUACAAGAGACACGAACUCGUUGAUGAAGUCGUCAAUGUAAAGCCAAGAUUUAUUACGAAACCGAAAAACCAAGAAAAUCUCCGAGAGGGACAACAUGCUCAUUUUGAAUGCAAACUUGAACCAGUGACGGAUUCAAAUUUAAAAGUCGAGUGGUUUAAAAAUGGCCGUCCAGUAACAAUAGGGCAUCGUUUUCGUCCAAUUCACGACUUUGGCUAUGUAGCAUUAGAUGUAAUUGAUUUGAUUGCCGAGGACUCUGGAACAUAUACCUGUCGCGCCGUUAAUCUGGUAGGCAGCGACGAGGUAACUUGCAUUUUGACAUGUCGUUCAAGUGCACAAAUUUUGACGGACACGCAAAACGAGCUUGGACUCGAACAGAUUCAUUAUCUCGAAGACAGAUCUAAAUAUCAAAGAAAAGAAUUUGUCGAAGAAACAACUACUCAAGCACCUAUUUUUACAACUUCGUUGAACAAUGUCGAGAUCAAAGAGGGUCAGCGGGCUCAUUUCGAAUGCAGAUUGAUUCCAGUGUCUGACGCGACAAUGAAGAUCGAAUGGUUUCACAAUAACAAGCCGGUGAAAGCGGGCUCGAGAUUCGUUGAGACGAAUAGUUUUGGUUUCGUCGCUCUUGAUAUUAUGUACGCGUAUCCCGAAGAUUCCGGAACCUACACUUGCAGAGCUAGAAAUAUCAUUGGUGAAGCUAUUACAUCCGCAACUGCAAUCGUUCACUCCAAAAAGUCAAUCUACACAGAAACUCAAAACGAGGAAACUUUGCAACGUCUUCGAUCUUUGGAGGAUACAUCCCGUUAUCAACGCAAAACUACAACUGAGGAGAUCAUCACGCAAGCGCCUGUCUUUACAAUGCCGAUCAAAGAUCUCCGUGUUGCUGAAAAUCAGGCAGCACAUUUCGAAGCGCGAAUUAUACCGGUUGGAGAUCCCAAACUCAAAGUAGAAUGGUUACGUAACGGAGUUUCCAUUUCAGCCUCAAAUCGUGUGACUACUAUGCACGACUUUGGAUACGUCGCCUUAAACAUGAAGUACGUCAAUCCCGAAGAUUCAGGCACUUACACAUGUCGCGCUACAAACGAGCUCGGCGAAGCUGUUACUUCAGCAACAUUAUUCGUUCAAUCCAAAGCAGCCUUGCAGUUUGAGUCGCAACACGAGAGCGCUUUGUCGAAACUCCAAGCUCUGGAGGACACCUCGAAAUAUCAGCGUCGUGAAGAAGAAGAGAUUGUGGUAAAAGACAAACCGUCCUUUACUGUCCAAUUGAAUGGACCUACCAGUUUAGUCGAAGGUCAAAGCGCACAUUAUGAGUGCCGUAUAGAACCUUAUCCCGACCCCAAUAUGAAGGUGGAAUGGUUCCACAAUGGCAAACCAUUAUCCACCGGUCACAGGUACAGAACUACCUGCGACUUUGGAUUCGCAUCGUUGGAUGUGUUGACCGUCUACGCCGAGGAUUCGGGCACGUACACUUGUCGAGCCACCAAUAAAUUGGGGUCGGCACAAAGCUCGAUUAAUCUUUCUGUUAAAUCUCGAGCAUCGAUUAUACACGACACUCAACAUGAGAGCGCGUUGAAGAAAAUACAAUAUCUCGAGGACGACUCAAGAUACAAACGUGUGGUCGAAGAAGAUACGAUCAUCGCCGAAAAGCCCACUUUCGGACGACCACUGAAAAAUAUCGAACACCUACCGGAAGGCAAAAGCGCUCAUCUUGAAGCUACGUUGACUCCUGUGAAUGAUCCGACAAUGGUUGUGGAAUGGUUCCGAAACGGACGACCCAUUCCCCAGGGACAUAAGUUCAAGACAACUUACGACUUUGGAUAUGUCGCUCUUGACAUUCUUUAUGCUUAUCCUGAAGAUUCGGGUACUUACAUGUGCAAAGCAAAAAAUGCCGUUGGCGAAGCUGUUACUACAUGUGUCAUCACUGUGGAUUCAAAACAAGGCUUGUACCUCGAUACUUUGGAUGCCCAACGUCUGCAAAAGAUUCGAGAAUUGGAAACUGUCGAAAUCAAAGAGGAAGUUGAAAAAGAAGUUAUUCAUCAGAAACCUGUGUUCUUGACACCAUUGAACAAUCUGGAUCAUCUUAAGGAAGGCGAACACGCUCAUUUGGAAUGUCGCGUGGAGCCGAUUAAUGAUCCUAAUUUGAAAAUCGAGUGGUUUGUCAAUGGAGUCGCGAUCAAAACUGGUCAUCGCUUCCGUACAACACACGAUUUUGGCUAUGUAGCUCUUGAUAUUCUUUAUACUUAUCCCGAAGAUUCCGGUACUUAUAUGUGUAAAGCAACCAACCUAGCUGGAGAAGCUGUCAACACUUGUACUAUCAAAGUUAGCUCGCGACGAAGUAUUCUUCUGGACACUCAACAUCCAGAUGGUCUAGAGAAGAUUCGAGAACUCGAAGCCCACGGUCAUCCUGCGCGAUUAGAAGUCGAAGAACCGCCGGUGACACCACCAAGAUUUAUCACUGAACUUAGAGGAACUACUGAAGUAUAUGAAGGACAAACUGCUCACUUCGAGUGCCAAGUAGAACCACUGCACGACGCCAACUUGAGAAUUGAAUUUUUCCACAAUGAAAAACCUUUGCCAUCAGCAGCGCGUUUCCAUGUAACCUUCGAUUUUGGCUAUGUAGCCCUUGACAUCGGUCAUGCUGUGCCCGAAGACGCGGGACAAUACUCCGUACGAGCGAUUAACGCUUUGGGACAGUGUGUAUCGUCCAUUGAGCUCAAAGUAAUUCCACGAGAUAACAUCAUUCUGGAUUCUCAACGACCCGAAGGAAUGGACAAGAUCCGGGAGCUCGAAUCUCAACAACCGUGGAAAAGACCAGAGAUACCAGAACCACAGACUAGACAGCGGCCAGUCUUUACUCAGCCUUUGCAAAAUAUUGACAGCAUUGCUGAAGGUCACACCGCGCAUUUCGAAUGUAGGCUCAUACCUGUGGGUGAUCCUAUGCUAAAGGUAGAAUGGUUCAGAAACGAAGUGCCUCUUGAAACAAGUUCACGUAUUACGAAAGUACACGACUUUGGAUACGUGUCUUUGGAUAUUGCUCACGUGCGUGAAGAAGACGAAGGCGUUUAUAUGUGUCGUGCUUCUAAUCCCUUGGGUGAAGCAGUCACUACUGCUUCGAUGAAGAUCAAAAGUAAAGCAAGCAUACAACUAGAGACUCAGCAUCCCGAAGCACAACGCAGAAUCGCUCAACUGGAAGCCAAAGAAGUUGAACGACCGGAAGAACCGGAGAAAGUCUUUGACAAACCUAUUUUCACGCAAUUACUUACAGGACCAACUGAACUUUGGGAAGGACAGAUGGCUAGAUAUGAGUGCAGAGUCGUUCCUGUUGGCGACGCUAGCUUAAGAUUCGAAUGGUAUUUGAACGGAGUUGAAUUAAAAAUGGGUUCACGCUUCCAUACGAAUCAUGACUUUGGAUACGUGACGUUAGAUAUCCUCAAAGUUAUCUCAGAAGAUUCCGGAGUUUAUACUUGUAAAGCGAUUAACAAAGCAGGUGAGGCAGUAUCAUCGAUCUCUCUGAAAGUGAAAGCACGCUCAGCCAUCGAUUCCGACAGUAUACAAGCAAAUGCUUGGCAAAAAAUUCAAUUGAAAGAAGCGGAAAUGAACAAAGUGCCGGAGAUGUUUAUCGACACAACACCGCAACAGGCGCCAGUGUUCACAAAGCAUCUUGAGAGCUAUGACAAACUGGUAGAAGGUCAACACGUUUACUUAGAAGCUCAGGUGGAGCCGAGAGCCGAUCCCAACUUGAGAGUAGAAUGGUUCAAAAAUGGUGUGGCUUUGCAAACCGGAACGAGACUUCGUAGUACUUUCGAUUUUGGUUUGGUGACAUUAUCGAUCAAUAGUCUAAGAGCUGAUGAUUCUGCGAUUUACACUUGCAAAGCAACCAAUCUUUUGGGAGAAGCCGUGUCAACCUGUAGCUUGAAGAUUACCGAUCGUCACUGGCUGUUGGGAGAUACUCUGCAUCCCGACGCACUCCCGAAGAUCGACGCUUUGGAGCAACCUCAAGUGACUUCUACUGAACAACCAGAACCUAUUUAUGAGGAACCAGUGUUCAUCACUCAUUUAAACAAUGUGGAAUGCAUCGAAGGCGAUAACGCUCACUUCGAGUGUAACGUGGAACCAUCAAAAGAUCCAACUAUGAAGAUAGAAUGGUUCCUGAAUAGCAAACCUUUGCCGACUGGUGCGAGAUUCAAGAGUACGUAUGAUUUCGGUUACGUAGCUCUAGAUUUGACUCAUGCGUAUGAAGAAGAUUCCGGCAUAAUUACCGUUAAAGCCACAAACUCAAAAGGAAGUGCGCAAACUUCGGGUACUUUGAAGUGCACCAGCAAGCAAAACAUCUAUUUGCAAACGCAACAUCCGCAAGGAGAAGCCGGACUUGAAAAGGUAAAGGAAGCCGAAGAUGCAUUUCUGUCAAAGUAUAGAAGACCAGAUGAAGCUCCCGAACACGAAUAUCCUAAACCAAUCUGGACGGUGCCUCUUCAACCUGAAUUUAAACUGGGAGAGUCUGAACCGUUACAUUUAGAAGGACAAGUCGAGCCCAAGGAUGAUCCCAAUUUAAAGAUCGAAUGGUAUUUCAACGGAAAACCAUUAGAACACGGUUCACGUUUCAAAAUGACGAGUGAUUUUGGUUUUGUUACCUUGGAUUUGACCGAUGUUUACGAGCGUGAUUCCGGUAUUUACACCUGCAAGGCUUACAACAAAGCAGGUGAAGCCUUUACAUCAACGACAAUUUAUUGUUCGACCAAAGAAAAUAUCAUCGAGAAAUCGCAACAUCCUAAAGGUAAAGAAGGUCUUGAAGCUAUUCAAGAUCUGGAGGAGUCGCUGAAACGACAGGAAGGAGUUGCACCAGGUGAGGAAGAAGGUCAACCACCGCAAUUCACUUCGCAAUUCGAAAAUCUAACUAAUCUAUCCGAGGGUGAGAUUGCUCACUUCGAAGCAUCCCUCAUCCCUACUGGUGAUCAAACUAUGGUGGUUGAAUGGUUCUAUAACGGCAAAUCGUUGGAAGCUAGCCAUCGCACGAGAACUGUUUAUGCUUUCGGCAUGGUUGUUCUUGAAGUCCUUGGCACUAAGAUAGAAGAUUCUGGUACUUACACUUGCAGAGCUACUAACAAGUGGGGCAAAGCUGAGAUUAGCGUGCAAUUAGAGUGCAUCGAUAAAUCUAAAGGACAAAAACCUAAAUUCACAACGCAUAUUCAGUCUCUGGAAGGUCUGAAAGACGGCCAAUCGGCUCACUUCGAGUGCACUCUAAUUCCAGUUGGUGAUCCUUGUAUGAAAGUCGAGUGGUUCCAUAACGGAAAGCCUCUACGACAUUCCUCACGUUUCAAAAUGGUCUCUGAUUUUGGUUUUGUCGUUAUGGACAUUGCUGGAGUGAUGUCUCACGAUACCGGAGAAUAUGUUUGCAAAGCUAGUAACAAGUACGGUGAAGAUUACACGAAAGCCACAAUCAAAUGCUUUGGCAAAAGUGGUGUUUACUUAGAUUCCCUGCAGCCGGACUCACUUGCUAGAAUCCGGGAGCUCGAAAGUUACAGCGGAGAGCAACCAACUACGCCCACAACUCCUGUUGCUGAACCACCAAAAUUUAUUACACAGAUCUCCGACAUUACAAAACUAGUGGAAGGACAGUCCGCGCAUUUCGAGGCCAGACUGACUCCCGUGAACGAUCCCGAUUUGAAAGUCGAGUGGUAUUAUAACGGCAAGAAACUUCCUCACGGCCAUCGAUAUCGUACCUUCCAUGACUUUGGCAUCGUUAUUCUGGACAUUCUCUACUGUUACGAAGAGAAUUCCGGAGUUUACGAGUGCAGAGCCGUUAAUAAGUACGGUGAAGAUUCUACAAAAGCAACUCUCAAAUGCUUCUCCAAAACCAAUCUUGUAUUGGAGUCGCAACUUCCAAAAGGUAUGGAAGGCGGUUUGGAAAAGAUCCAAACUCUCGAAGAUUCAAUGAUACGCACAAGAGACGAGAAGACUGUGGAAGAACGCGGUAAAGCUCCAGUAUUUACCGUGCCCUUAAGUAAUAUCGAUGGUCUACGUGAAGGAGAAAGCGCACAUUUCGAAGCACGAUUGAUACCUACAGACGAUCCAAAAUUAAAGGUCGAAUGGUUCUGGAAUGGCAAACCAUUACGAACGGGAUCUCGCUUCCGUACUUUUUGCGAUUUUGGUUUCGUCAUUUUGGAAAUUUCUCCCAUUUAUCCUGAGGAUUCCGGCGAGUAUAGUUGUAGAGCAACAAACGACUACGGUGAGGCAGUAACAACGUGCACAAUGAAGUGUACAGGUAAACGUAGCAUCAUUCUGGAAUCUCAGUUGCCGAAAGGUAUGGAGAGUACAAUCGACAAGAUCGCCGAAUUGGAAGGCCUUGGAAAUGUACCUGGCCAGGCUAGUCCUGAAGACGACACUGGAAGACCACCAGAGUUUAUUACCACGCCUUCUGACCUGACUCUGGCAGAAAACUCUCUUGCUCACUUUGAAUGUCGUCUGCAACCUAUCAACGAUUCUAGUAUGAGAGUAGAGUGGUUCCACAAUGGCAAACCUCUUCUUGCUGGCAGCAGAAUCAAAACAAUUCACGACUUUGGUUUUGUCAUCCUGGAAGUCGCAAAUUGUUAUCAACGCGAUUCUGGUUUAUAUACUUGCAAAGCUACUAAUCGCCAUGGAGAAGCUACAGUGUCGUGCAAACUUCAAGUUCGAGGACGUCAAGGUAUCAUCUUGGAGCCUCAACUACCAAGCAAUUUCAAAACCGGUACGGAGAGUAUACAGAAAUUGGAGGAGUCUCUGUACAAGAGGGAUGAAAUUCUGGCGGAGGAGGAAAAACCGAAUCCACCGAGAUUUACAGUCGAACUUAAAGACAUCGAAGUCGAGGAAGGUGGAUCGAGCCACUUUGAUUGUAGAGUCGAGCCUGUGGGUGAUUCUACUAUGCGCAUUGAUUGGUUCCAUAAUAGCAGACCUUUUGCGACAGGCUCUCGAGUCCAUCAGAUUAAUGAUUUCGGAUUUAUAUCAUUAGACAUGUCGUAUACAUAUGCGCGAGACAGUGGCGAAUAUGUUUGCAGAGCUACCAAUAAAUGGGGUUCUGCCACUACCAAAGCCACUAUCACUUGCAAGUCCAAGAAAACAAUAGACUUUGACUCUCAAUUGCCAUCGGGAAUGAGCGGCGAGAAAUUGAAAGAAUUAGAACGAGGACCGGUCUCUGAAGCUCCCAAAGAAGAAGCGCCUCGACAACCUCCUCGCUUUAUCACUCAAAUCGAGUCAGCAACUAUUGACGAGGGAGAACCAGUCAGAUUCGAAUGUCGUGUAGAACCCAAAGAAGAUCCCAAUCUGCGCAUUGAAUGGUACAGAAACGGUAAAUUAAUUCCUGCUGGACACAGGUACAGAUCGGUCUACGAUAUGGGAUUCGUCUCGAUGGACAUUCUAUACGUUUAUCCUGAAGAUUCUGGUGAAUACGUUUGCAAAGCCAUCAACGAUCUUGGAGAAGACACUACUCGAGCUGCCGUAUCUUGCAAAAAAUUACCAAGCAUCAUUCUGCAGAAUCAAGUUCCGAAAGGUAUGAAGAAAUCCGAAGCCCUAAUGCAAAUGGAAGCGACAAUCAAGAAGUAUACUUCGGAAGUUCACUUGACCGAAGAUGAUCUGUAUGAUGCGGAUAAGAAACAGCCACCUCGUUUUGUCACACAGAUUCAGGAUCAAACUGAUCUUGUCGAAAUGAAUAGUACAAAGUUUGAGUGUCAAUUAGCGCCUGUUGGUGAUCCAAACAUGAAAGUUGAAUGGUUUUUCAAUGGAAAACCAUUGCCUCAUAAAAAUCGAUUCACGCCGAUCUACGACUUUGGUUACGUAGCAAUGAACUUCGGCUGGGUCUAUCCGGAAGACAGCGGCGAAUAUCUUUGCAGAGCUACGAACCUUUACGGAAUGGACGAGACCAGAGCUAUUAUUAGAACCGCUGGUAAACCAGGAAUUAUCUACGAGUCUCAACUUCCAAAAGGCAUGAAGAGUAUUGAGAAAAUAAGGGAGAUGGAGGCAGCAUGGCAAAUUGUGCCCGAAGAGGAAGGUGAAGAAGAAAAGGUACGUUCAGCGCCUGUUUUCGUAAGUAAACCGGAACCAGUAACUGUCGAAGAAGGCGACUGGUCCAGAUUUUGCUGUCGAGUUACUGGGCAUCCAAGACCUCGAGUUAUGUGGAUAAUCAAUGGCCAUACAGUAGUAAAUGGAUCUCGCUAUAAGCUAACGUACGAUGGCAUGUAUCAUUUGGAUAUCCCAAAAACCAGACAGUACGAUCAUGGCAAGGUAGAAGUAAUCGCAAGAAGCUCCGUUGGCGAAGCACGCACAGAAACGACUCUAACAGUUAAACAACGAAGCGAUGAUUAUCGUGGUGUAUUGAAAAAUUCACCGAGACCCUGGUAUGAUUAUGGGCUAACGCAGUAUCAGACUGAGCGGCAGAAUACAGAACUGGAGCGUGUGUUUGAUGAACGUCAUCAAAGCGUUUCCCAAGGUGUCGAAAUUGCUACGGAACAUCUUGCUCCUAAAGUCAUUAAAGAACCCGAAACCGAAUGGCAGAAAUCAGUCAAGAGUAAGAAAAAUGAAGUUUAUUACAAUAAAUUGAUGAGCCUUGAAGAGGACCAAAUACUCAAAGAAACCAGAUUGAGAGAAUCUUCACAUCAGUUUGCCAUUCCUGGCGACAAAGUUGUCGCGAAUUCUUUAGCAAAAGGAAUGGCCCAAAAGUAUGAAGAGAGUUUAGAAGAGCAGCCUCAACAACCGCCACAGACACCUCCAACUACAAAAUAUGUGAAGAAACCGUUUGUUACUGAAGUAGACAUAGACACUGAACGUGUGAAAGCGACAGGAAAAUAUCCUCCGGAACCAUCGGAAUCCACUGUACAUGGUCGCGAAGUUCACGUAGCUAAGCAGAAACAGACGCAAAAAGAGAUAAAGGGUGAUCUAGAAAUAACAAGGAAAAUCACAGCGACAGAGACUACAGAAGUGGAGCACAAAGCGAAAACUCAGGAACGUGUGGUUCAGGGUCAAGUUAAACCCGCCAAACCGCCUGUUUUUACAAAAAAAAUUCAACCUUGCAGAGCAUUCGAGCAAGAACAAGCCAAAUUUGAGGUUGAGUUUGAUGGCGAUCCACUACCAACCAUCAAAUGGUAUCGCGAAGAUUUUCCCAUACAAAACUCAGCCGAUCUUCAAAUUUACACUUUUAGUACCAAAUCGGUGUUGAUUAUCAGACAAGUCUUCAUGGAAGAUUCCGGUGUCUUUUCUGUUAUUGCUGAGAACAGAGGAGGAAAAGCUAAAUGCAGCGCUAAUUUGGUUGUUGAAGAACGCAGAAGACAACCUGGACGGGGCGGUGCAAUACCACCUAGUUUCUUAUCCACGAUUCAAUCUACUUCUGUAGCCACUGGACAGCUUGCUAGAUUUGAUGCCAAAAUCGCUGGUACCAAACCUUUGGAUGUUUAUUGGCUUAAGAAUGGCAAGAAAGUAAUGGCAGAUAUCCGUUACAAAACGUUAGAAGAAGACAACAUUUAUACGCUUCUGAUCUUAGAGACAGUACCAGAAGACACUGGCAAAUACGAAUGUGUCGCGAUCAAUAGUGCUGGAGAAGCAAGAUGCGAAGCGGAUUGCACUGUUCGUGGACCUCAAUCUCCGGCAAAGAUUUCGAAACCCACAACACCAACAGAAGAGAGAGCGCCGACUGUUGUGGUACCAUUAAAGGAUCAAACUAUCAAAGAAGGAAGUUCCGUCGCUUUUGCCUGCAGGAUUACAGGAAAACCUGUUCCUACAGUACAGUGGAAAAAAGCCGAUAAGGUGAUUAAACCGUCGAAGUACUUCCAAAUGCAGAAAGAAGGCGAUCUUUGCAAUCUAAGAAUCUCAGAAGCAUUCCCCGAAGACGAGGGUGUUUACAAAUGCAUUGCCAAAAACCCCGCUGGCGAAGUUACUACAUCUGCUAAUCUCAGAGUUCUCGCGCCCGACACAGCUGACGUUUUGCCGAAACUGACACCUUUGAAAGAUCAAAUAGUCGCGGAGGGACAGCCGGCUCAAUUCAAAACCCAAGUGAGUCCGGUGAAGCCUAAGCCAACAAUUCAGUGGUAUCGAGAAGGUGCUUUGAUUCCACAAUCGCCAGACUUCCAGAUGAUUCACGAAGGCAACAAUGCGGUGCUACUCAUAGCAACCACCUACGAGGAGGAUACCGGCACUUUUACCUGCCGUGCCACAACUUCAGCCGGUACCGUAGAAACAUCCGCCAAACUCAUCGUCAAAAAGAGAAAAGAAGCUCAUUACGCAAUCCCUGCGGAAACGACUGCUAGUACAAAAGUAGAUACUAAACUUGCGAAAGAAGAUAUAGUUUUAAGAUCACUUGACGAAAAUGGAUUGCCACUUGAGAUACAACUUCAACCAGGUGAUGAAUCGUUGCCUUGGAGAAAAGGACGUGUUUAUCAUCGACCUCAAACUAGCCAACCGCUUCCAUGGCGAAAAGUAAAGCCAAAAUCGAGAGAUUCCUCUUUGGAUAAGCUUCGAGCUUUUGAGAGUCAAAUAAAACCAUGGACCGAGGAAGAAGUAGUUUUGAAGAAAACUUCUCAGAUUCCUAAAGAUAUAACAAAAGAAAAGUUAGAAGAAGUUGAACUGAAACCAACCAAGAUCGAGAAGAAAGAAAUCCAUGGACCUAGUCUUGAAACUGUCAAGUUGAAAUCCGUGCCUAAAGAUACAACAAAAGCUAUAUUAACCGAAGAAGACGUUACUCGUAAAGAUACUACUACAACAGAAUUGUACACAGAGGAAACUGACGCUUCUCUAUUAAAAUCGUUGCGCCACUUGAAAGAAACUAUAUCAAAACAAGAGAAAACAAAACCAUGGACAGAAGAACAAAUUGUUUUAAAGAAAAUAAAACCAAAAACAACAAAAGUUUCGGAAAUAGAUACUUUAGAAAGAACAGAUUAUACAGAACAAGAAGAUAGUUCUUUGCUUACAAUUUCAAAAGAUGAAGAGACGCAAAAAAUAAAGAAGGAGAAACUUAUAAUAGAUAAGACAGAACACCCUAAACCUUGGACGGAAGAAAAAAUAGCUCUCAAAAACGCACAACCAGAAAGAAAAGAAAUAUUUAAACAAACGCUCGAAACUGUUACAUUAAAACCUUCGCAUAUAGUAAAAAAAGAAAUAGUAAAACCAACAUUAAAAGAAGUAGAUCUUAAAUCAAUUUUAAAAGAAGAAUCUGAAGUAAUUUUAAAAGAAGAAGUUCAGAUUGAUGUUUCUACAGUUAAAAAAGAAAGGAGAGCGAGUAAAGAUAUAGAUAAGACAAUUACAGAUCAAACAGAUAAAAUAGAAAAACCAAAACCAUGGACAGAAGAGAAAGUUGCUUUAAAGAAAUCUAAGCCUAUCCAAAGAGAAAUAGAAAAAGAAGCAUUGGAAACGGUAGAGUUAAAACCAUCUAGACCUACGAAGCUGGUAGUUCGAAAACCAAGUUUGGAAAAAGUAGAUUUGAAACCUGUCACAAAAGAGAAAGUGGACACAAGUAUUACAGAAAUUGUUAAACAUGUCGACUACACUGAACAUGAAGAUACUUCAUUACUUCAAGUGUCAUCUGAGGAGGUACUGGACACUACCAAAUUAAAACAAUCAAAACCAAGCAAAAAACCAACACAAGAUGUGGGACAAUAUGUUGAAGAAGAAGAUAUUACUUUACUUAAGUCUGAGCGUGAAACUACACUAAACAAACAAGUAAGGAAACGAAAAGAAAUACCAGAAGAAAAAUCACAGUUAAAACCAUGGACAGAAGAAAAAGUUACUCUGAAGAAAACGAAACCUGAACAAAAAGAAAUACAUAAAGAAACUCUAGAAGAAAUAUUGUUAAAACCAGUAACAAAAGUAGAUAAAGUAUCACAAAAACAACUAAUAGAAACAACAGAUCUGGAACAUGUUAGAACAGAAAUCACGGACUUAACUAAAGUUAAAAAGUCUGAAGAAAACCUAUCUUAUCAAGAAGAAGAAGACCAAACUAUUCUUGAAAUGGAUAAACAUGUUGAAUACUCUGAGAAAAUAAAACCUAAGAAAAAAGACAUUGGAAAAGUACCAUACAAGGAAGAAGAAGAUAUUGCAAUCCUUGCCGUUGAUCAAACAACAGAUACACAAUCUACAAAAAAAGAAAUACCCAUACCAUGGGUAAGAGGAAAAAAAGGAAAGAAAGACGUAGAAGAAAUACAACCAUCUCGAAUACCUACACCUCAAGAUAAACCAGAAGAAGAUCAACCAACAGAAAUUGCAGAAGCAUCAUGGCGUCGCAAACCAAAACCAUCAAAAAUUCAAAAAGAAAUUGAAGAAACUGUGCUCAAAGAACACGAAGUAGAAGAAAAAGCUGAAUUACCAUGGAAACGUAAAAAACAGACACCAGUUAUUAAACCAGCAGAAAAACCAGAGGAAAAACCUGAAGAAGUUCGACUAAAACCAGUCAAAAGAAUUGAGAAGCCAGAAGAACCAAAACCGGAGGAAGUAAUUCUGAAACCGGUUAAGAGGCUUCCUAAAGAGGAAGAGACAAAAGAAGAAAUUACCUUAAAACCGGUGGAAAGGAAAAAACCAGAAGAAAAACCUGAGGAAGUUCGACUUAAACCUGUCAGAAGAAUUGAGAAGCCAGAAGAACCAAAACCGGAGGAAGUAAUUCUGAAACCGGUUAAGAGGCUUCCUAAAGAGGAAGAGACAAAAGAAGAAAUUACCUUAAAACCGGUGGAAAGGAAAAAACCAGAAGAAAAACCUGAGGAAGUUCGACUGAAACCUGUUAAAAGACUUGAGAAGCCAGAAGAACCAAAACCAGAGGAAGUAAUUCUGAAACCGGUUAGGAAGGUUUCUAAAGAAGAAGAGACAAAAGGUGAAAUUGUGUUGAAACCGGUAGAACCUGUCGAAGAUAAACCGAAAGAAACAGCAGUUCCUUGGCGACGUGGUAAACGAACAAAAAAGGUUGUCGACUUCAAGGAAGAAGUUACAAUAGUGCCAAUCGAUCAAGAAGAAUCAGUUGCAGAAAUUUCUGAAGAAAAAGAAAUAAGUGUAAUUACAACUGAAACUAUCCAAGAUCAAACCGAAAAAGAAGUGGACAUUGUUCCAGUAUCUAAAGAAGGAGAAAAGGUAACUGAAAUGGUUGAAACAAGUAUGGUUUCAUGGAGAAAAAAGAAACAAGAUCAAACCAGAAGAGGAGAAAAAGAAACCGUGAAAAUAAAGCUCAUGGAACAAGUUAAGGAAUCAAGUGUUAAGCAGCCUGAAGAAUAUAUACCAGUCUCAAAUAAAGAUGAGAUAUUAACUGAGAUAGUUGAAAAAGAAAAAAUUACAUUAAAACCAAUAUCUAAAAAGAAAAUAAAGGAAGAAGACGUAGUGGAAGAAGUUACAUUAAAAACAGUAAGAGAAGAAAAGAUCACGGAAGAAAAACUUAAAGAAAAAAUUAUUGAAGGACCUCAAAUUAAAAAACAAGCAGAAGUAUCAGAAGAAAGAGAAGAAACUCUUAUUGAAUUGAUUAAAAGAAAACCUAAGAAAAUAGAAAAAGUACCUAAAGAAAUUGUUCCUAUUGUUGAAGAAGAAAAGCAAGAAGUUAUCACAAAAACUGAAAAAAUCGAGGACAUUGUUGAAGAUGUCGAAGUGCAAGUUAAGAAAGAUAUCACGCAAAUAGAAGAUCGAAAAAGAAAACGCAGACAACGUACUCAAGUCGACAUAUCAAUUAUGGACAAAGACAAAACUAUUGCUCCACGAUUUAUCCAAAAGUUGCAGCCCGUUAUUGCUGAGCUAGAAAAACCUGCCAAGUUUACUUGUACUGUCAUAGGAAAUCCUACUCCUGAAAUUUCUUGGUAUAAGAAUGAACAAGAACUCCAUGCAAGUGAAAAAUAUAUAAUGACGAUAUUUGAAACAACAGCAACUUUAGAAAUUACAAAAGUAAAAGAGGAAGAUGCGGCAAUGUACUCUUGCAGAGCGUCUAAUCCGGCUGGAGUGGCAACAUCCACUGUCAAUCUUGUGAUAUAUGAAAAAGAAGAGGAAGGUGUAGCACCGCAUUUUGCAACCCCGAUUAAACCUAUAAUGGUUGAAGAGCACACACCUGCCCUGUUAGAAUGUGUUGUAACUGGUACACCAGUACCAGAAGUAAAGUGGUAUAAGGGUGAAAAAGAAGUAAAGCCAAACGAAAGAACUGAAAUAACCUUCAAUCCGACAACCGGAGAAGCUACGCUUAAAAUUAUAGAACCAAUAUCAGAAGAUGAAACUAUUUAUCGUGUUCGUGCUGUAAAUAAAUACGGUCGCGCUGAAUGUAGAGCCAAUUUAGUGAUCAGUAACAUUGUCAAAGUAAGCAAACCAGCUGUUCUUAGAGCACCACGAAUUACACGACCUUUACCUGCUCUCAUAGCCGAACGCGGAAAGCCUCUGAAACUUUUGGCUGACUUCGAAGGUAUACCGAAACCAGAAGUCAAGUGGUUCCGCAAUGGUAUUGAAAUUAUACCAACCAACAAAAACGAGAUAAAAAUCUACGAGAAUACAACCGAACUGAUUGUAUCUGAUGUUACAAAGAAGGACAGCGGCAAGUAUGAAAUUAGAGUCCAAAAUGAAGUCGGUGAAGCGAGAAGUUCGAGUUCUAUAACUGUUAAAGAGCGUAAAGAUACUAGCGAAGUGAAAGCACCUAGAUUUGUAGAACCAAUUCAGCCCCAACUUGUAGCAGAAGGAGAAGUUGUUAUCAUGGAAACAAAAGUAGAAUCUUAUCCGGCAGCAUCUUUCCAAUGGUUCCACGAAAGCAAACUUCUUGAGUCAACACCACAAGUAAGGAUUGUGACUCAAGAGAAUCGAUCAAUUUUAAUGGUAAAGGAAGUUACACCGGAGCUUGCCGGUAGCUACACUUGUCGUGCUGAAAAUGUUGGUGGCUCUGUCACCUGUACAGCUGUUGUUAACAUCAUAGAUACAACAUGGGAAGAAGCAGUUGAAUUGGUUUCACCAACAUUCGUUAAGAGGCUAUCGCCCGUAAGAGUUAUGGACGGUGAGAGUGUUAAUUUAACUUGCGUCGUUGAAGGAAAACCGACACCCAGAGUAGAAUGGUAUCACAAUGACAAACCAAUUAAAGAAGGUAAAGAAAUUACAAUUGUCCAAGACAUGGAAGGUGUCUGCAGUCUAGCUAUUACCGAAGUAUUCCCUGAAGACGCUGGCGAAUAUACAUGUCGCGCUAUAAAUCCCGUUGGCGAAGCCGUCUGCAUGUCAUCACUUGUUGUGGAAGCUUACGAGUAUGUGCCUGACUCAGAAAUUGCAUCUUCGAUAGUUGCAACAUCUCUUACUACAGGAUCAGAAGAAGAUCUUUUAUCUCCAAAAGAAAUCGAUACUGAUGUAGAAGAAUCAGCACCAGAGAUAGUUAAAAAGCUUCCUCAGUUAGUUCCUAUUAAAGAUGGGGAAUUAACUAGAUUGGAAGUAAAAGUGAAAGGUAAACCGAAACCGAAAGUGAAAUGGUACAAACAAGGCACAGAAAUUGUACCUUCACAAGAAUUCUUAAUUGAGGAAUUUGAAGAUGGUACGUCGGUAUUAACAAUUGCUGAAACUUUUCCUGACGAUACCGGUGAAAUUGUAUUUGAAGCUCACAAUCCACUUGGUGUAUCGACUACUAUGACAUAUUUAUCAGUAGAAGGUAUACUUGGAACAAAAGAAUAUCGUAAGCCAGAAUGGGUCACACAUAUGGAAGAAAUGCAAGAGGCCUUAAGAGCCACGCAAGCUGUACCCCGAAUUGUCCAAGAAACAACAGAUGUUUACACGCGAGAAGGAGAUACUGCAGUAUUUGAAUGUGUCUACUCUGGUAAUCCCAAACCAGAUAUUAUUUGGUAUAAAAAUGAUAAGAUCAUAAUGAACACCGAGAAUGUGAAAGUGCGUAUAUUUGAAAACGAAAACAGAACUACUUUAACGAUAAAACGACCUACCAAAGAAGACGAAGCUACAUACAUCUGCAAAGCUACCAGUGAAAUUGGCAUGAUAACAACAAAAGCCAAACUGCGUGUUGAAAGUGUAAGUGACUUUGGACUAGCACCGGAAGAGAAGGUAAUCGAAGAGGAAAAAGUAGAAAUAAAGUUGAAAAAAGAAGAGAAACCACAUAAGAAAAAGAAACCCGAAUUAAAGAAAGCAAAAGAAGUUAAGGAGAAAAUAAAGGCUGAACGUAUCACAAUUGAAAAAGACAAAAUUCAUGAAGAAAAGCCCGUAUCAAAGGAACAGCCAGAAGAAAAAAAAAUUGUCCGUAUUGAAGAAACUCAAGUAUUGGAAACCACCGAAAUCAUAGAAGAAAAGCCCGAGGAGAUUUCUAGAGCACGAAAAAUAGUACCAAUUCAAGAACCACUUAUAACCGAGGCAACAGCAUCUUUGAAAAAAAUUGAUGAUCAGAAAACUCAAGAAAUUGUACCACAAGUUGAAGAACGAGCCAAGCAAAUUGUUGAAGAGCGAGAAAGUGUUGUUGUGUCAGAAAUCCGAAGCGAAGAUGUCGCUCCGGACUUUACCAUUGAAACAAAGCUUGAUCGCGCACAAGUCAUUUCGGAACCUUUACAGGAAGUCUCGAUCUCCGAAACUCAUGUCGAAACUAGAACGCAAGAAACAAAACGCACAGAAACGAAGAAAAAAGCGAAGAAAGUAAAAGCAGAAAAGAUUAAAGAAGAUAUUAUUGUUAUGGAGAUUGUAGAACGACAGAAGGAGAAUAUAGCUCGAGAAGUAGAUGAAAUCAUGGAGUUACUUGAUGUGAAAGAGUUUGGUCCAGGUGAAUCACCUCUUCGAGAACUCGCGACAGUUGGUUACUUGGUUAGACAAGGCGUUUCUGUGAACGAAAUCAACGAGUGCCUUUACAGAACUGAGAUUUUUCCCGCUUUGAAAACACCUGAUGCUCAAAACGCUUUGGUUCAAUUAGUAGAAAGAAAGGGUUACGGUGCUUUAAUCACACAAGUGCUUACCGAAGAAACGACGACUGAUGAGAGUUUUGUCGCAGCAACUGUCGGUUUUCGUGCCUUUAUGAGAAUGGUCGAAUUGCAACAUGCUACCGUAGAAGAAGUCAUCACGCACUUUGCUCCGGAAGACUUCAGGCCACGUGCUUGGGAAGUUACAGAAAUUUCCGAGGUUGAAACUGAACAACAUGCUACGGAAAGAGUUGAUUAUGUUCGUAAAACAGAAGUUCAUUUUAUGGAGAGAAGAGACGAAAGGAAAACUACACAAGAUAUUCAAGAAAUUAAAGGUUCGGAACAACGAGUUUCGAUGCAUGGAAUCUAUUCACAUGAUCUUUUAUCUUGAUUAAUUAAUACUCGUCAUAAGUAGUGCUUCUAUAAUUAUUUUAUAGUGUUUUGCUUUUAAUUUCACAUCACAUAAGCAAAACGCUUAAAUUAAG